AUUUUGUUGGAAUUGGACAGGAAGCCAUUGAAAUGCCACUUCAAACAAUAGCAGCAAAAUGAGUGCUGUCAUGCUGAUACCAUUUCCCAUUUCCUCUGUGCAUGCACACAUACAAAACAAAGUUUGAAUUAAACCCGUCUAUCCAUCAACCCUGCAGCACAGUGUGGCAUUUACUCAGCUGCUCCUCUGCUGUAACAGCAACAAAGUUCACUUAGAUUAGGUAGGUAUUUGUAAAAAUAUAUGAACCAGAGGAGCAACUAACAGUGAGUGGUGAGAGCCUUCACUAGCUACAGUCAGCGGAACUAGCCACAUCUCCAGGUGGCUGCCACAGGCUUCCCAUUGCUGGGCUAUGAUGCCAAGUUGCCCUGCUCCCACCAGCAGCCCUUAGCUCUGCCCCCCCUGUGCCCCACUAUCCGUGUGUAGCACUCCGUGCUCCCAGCAAGGGCUGUGCUGCCCAGCCAGCAGCUCCUUCCCUCUGAUCUGAGCAGCACUGGGGCCAGCAGGGGUGUAGGGAUGCCAGCAUAGGUUGUAGGGGUUAGGGCCAAAGGGAUGGAGGGGAAGAGGAGCUGAUUUUAGGCUGAAAUAAAUCUGAUGUAAACCCUAUGAGCACUGUAAGAGCAGUGGCAGAGGAGGGAGAUGUAAAUCGUGGCAUCCUGCUGUACUGCUUACAUCUGCUGUGUGGGAGAGAGGCAGGUAGUGUCCUUGUGGCUAUAGCCAGAGGUGGAAGGAGGGUGGGAGGUGACUGCCUACAGGGCGUUUCAGGUUCUGAAAACCAAAUGGGUUCACACAGGCCCACUCAAAGGGCUGCAUCCAGGCCUGCAGCUUUAUUUGGUGUGAAGGGCUGUGGCUGUGCUGAUUCUACAUCUGCUGGCGUCAUAUGAAAGCUGCUGCCAAGAGUGAAGGUGCCAGGGCACAAACAGGGUGAAGGGACACUUGUUGCAGAGAGCGAGCCCUCUGCUCACGGUCUGGACCUCAGCAGUAUGUGCAAGAACAGGGGGCUUUCUUAAGUCCUUCUUGUGCUUUCUGAACCCAUCACUCAGAGCGCACCCCAUCCCCAGCACGCAGCACAGCUGCACAACCCCAGGGGCUCUGUGCAGUGCAGCACAGCCAUGCCAUGCAGAGCUCUGUGUCCCACUGACAGCCUGACCUGACAGCUGCUCCUUCACCUCUCUACCUUUCAGUCUGAUCUGCCUGUAGUUUUAACACAGAACUUCGGGGGAAUACGCCCAAGAAAAGCACCUGCUGCCACCGGUUCACCUCUCUCAGGAUGCCGGUGGCACAUGACCACGCAGCACUGAGGGACAGGAGGAGCAAAGGAGAGGGCUCAGCGCUGGGCAGCCCCCGGCUGCCUCUGCCCCACAGGGCAAGGAAGGGAAUCGGUAUCCGCAGCCUGCCGGGUGCGGGGCGCUGGGGCCCCGCAGAAUGAACGUCCCGAGUGCGGGGCCGGGCGGGCCGUAAUCCGGUUAGAGGGGAUUAGCCCGGAGUUUAAAGGCCGGGCGGCGCGGGGCAGGGUGCCCGGCGCGGUGGGGAGGAAGCAGCCGCCGCGGAGCAGCCCGGCGGCAUCGGUGCACACCAUGCCGGCGAUCAACAUCGAGGAUCUGAGCGAGAAGGACAAACUGAAAAUGGAAGUGGAGCAGCUCCGGAAAGAAGUGAAGCUGGAGAGGCAGCCGGUGUCCAAGUGCUCUGAGGAGAUCAAGAACUACAUCGAGGAGCGCUCGGGAGAGGACCCGCUGGUGAAGGGCGUCCCAGAGGACAAGAACCCCUUCAAGGAGAAGGGCGGCUGUGUCAUCGCCUGAGGGAGACCCCAGCCUGCUGGGCCUGGUCCAGCAGUGCAGGAGCGGUUUUUGUGUGUUGUUCUUUUUUUUCUUAAAUAAAUAGAUGAAUCUGAAA